GUCUCCUCUUUUUCCAACUGUUUUCGUAUCUUCAAUAGAUACACAUACAUACAUACAUAUAAAAUAUAAAUAAACAAAUAAUUAUAAAAAAAAAAACCCAUCCGAUCGUUUCUCCGGUCAUCUCCCCAAAUCAGAUUCAUUACUAAAAAUGGCAGAAGGCGGUUCAAAGGAAUCAAGUAGUAGUAAUAGUCAACACAUAAUGUUAAAAAAUGAACAUGACAUUAUUGUUGAAGAUUCUGAAGAUAAUGUUAAAUCCCCCCCUAAUUCUCCCAAUUCCUCCACUCGCAAGGCUUGUUAUGCUGUUCUUCAGAGUUGGGUUUCAAAAAAAUUUAUGACCGGAUGUGUUGUUCUUUUUCCGGUGGCUGUUACAUUCUUUAUAACAUGGUGGAUUGUACAGUUUUUUGAUAGUUUUUUCAGUCCCAUCUAUGAAAGACUUGGUGUUGAAAUAUUUGGUCUUGGAUUUCUUACAUCGCUGAUCUUUAUAUUCUUUGUUGGCAUCUUUGCUUCAUCAUGGAUGGGUGCCACUGUCUUCUGGGUGGGGGAGUGGCUUAUAAAGAGGAUGCCUUUUGUAAAACACAUAUACUCAGCAUCGAAACAAAUUAGUGCUGCUAUUUCUCCAGAUCAGAACACCACUGCAUUUAAGGAGGUUGCCAUCAUUCGUCAUCCUCGUCUGGGAGAAUAUGCUUUUGGGUUCAUCACAUCAUCAGUUGUUCUCCAGAGGGAAAAUGGAGAUGAAUUAUUAUGUAGUGUUUAUGUCCCUACAAACCAUCUCUACAUAGGUGAUGUUUUUCUGGUCAACUCUGAAGAAAUCAUAAGACCAAAUUUGUCCAUCCGAGAAGGCAUUGAAAUUAUCGUUUCGGUGGGUAUGUCGAUGCCACAGUCGAUAUCUCCGAUAGAGCGGGUCACACGCGCAAAUGAUAGAGUUCCUCUAAACAGAAUGAUGUAGAACUUGGUGUCCUGGAUGACUUUGUAACCAAUAUAUUCUGCAAUUCUUUUAUGAAUCAAAUGAAAAGUUUGUAUUCUUGUAUUCAUCCCUAUAGUUGGAUGUCUAGGCAUGUAGUGAUUACGAUUACGACAUAUUUAGUAGCAGGCACGAUGCAUUGUUUUUGUUUUGUAAAAAGUCAAAUAUACAAAAUUAAUAGUAUCUGUUUGUGUUACAUUUUA